AUGAUGCAAUAUGAGAGGUAUUCUGCCAUUCUCACGUCUAUAAGAAGGCGCACAUCUGCAGGCAAAGUGUCUCGAAUCAUCACCAAAACACCUCGAGUGAUAACGAGCACCUACGCCAAUUCAGAUAUCUCUACCGCCCGAACCAAACCUCUUCUCCAAGCCAUCAAUCAGUCCAUCAUUUCGAACGCGCUCUCCGCCACCAUGAAAGCCCAAUUUCUCGGCCUCCUGUCCUUACUCGCGGUCCCUAAUCUCGUUCAAGCCAAAUGUCAACUCCACAACCAAAUCGAAGACGACGAGAGAGGUGUGGAAACCAAUGAGGAUCUCUGCAAGAAGCAGGGCGAGGGUGACUGGAGUUUCACCCUUGACAUUAGCGAAGUCGGCGUGCCGACCUUUGACGGUGACAAUGCUUUUGCGGGCAUCUCCGGUAACAGCGCCUUCAUACUCUACGACAACGACUGCAAUCGACUGGGUGUCUACGGUCCAGAUAACGAGGGCAACGACUGUGGCACCCCGUAUCAGAUUGUCGAAGACUUUUUGGACUACGAAAUUAUCAUCACCUCGGUCUUCCUGGAUGUGGGAGACCCCGAUUUCACCUAUGAAUAUGGCGCCGGGGCGUACAUGAUUGGGGAGAACGACGACGAGUGUCAUGAUAUGAGCAGCGGACUAUAUGCUCACCAGGGAUGCAGGACUCACUUUCCUCUUAAUGGUGAUGGCUCCAACUAG